AGCGGCGCAGAGCGGGCAGCAGGCCGGCGGCGGGCGUUCAGACGGCUUGUCCUCCUCCUCUUGCUCCUCCAGCUCCUGCUCCUUCGCCGGGAGGCCGCCCGCGGAGUUCUGCACCAGCGCCGAGGCAGCCUCGCCGCGCCCCAUCCCGUCCCGCUGGGCACUCGGAGGGCAGCGCGCCGGAGGCCAAAGUUGCCCCGCACAGCCCGGCGGGCGAGCGAGCUCGGGCUACAGCAGCCCCGCCGGCGGUGCGCACGGCAACUUUGGAGAGGCGAGCAGCAGCCCCGGCAGCGGCGGCAGCAGCGGCAAUGACUCCCUGGCUCGGGCUCGUUGUGCUCCUGGGCAGCUGGAGCCUGGGGGACUGGGGCGCCGAGGCGUGCACAUGCUCACCCAGCCACCCCCAGGACGCCUUCUGCAACUCCGACAUCGUGAUCCGGGCCAAGGUGGUGGGGAAGAAGUUGGUAAAGGAGGGGCCCUUCGGCACACUGGUCUACACCAUCAAGCAGAUGAAGAUGUACCGAGGCUUCACCAAGAUGCCCCACGUGCAGUACAUCCACACAGAGGCUUCUGAGAGUCUCUGUGGCCUUAAGCUGGAGGUCAACAAGUACCAGUACCUGCUGACAGGUCGUGUCUAUGAUGGCAAGAUGUACACAGGGCUGUGCAACUUUGUGGAGAGGUGGGACCAGCUCACCCUCUCCCAGCGCAAGGGGCUGAACUAUCGGUACCAUCUGGGCUGUAACUGCAAGAUCAAGUCCUGCUACUACCUGCCUUGCUUUGUGACUUCCAAGAACGAGUGUCUCUGGACCGACAUGCUCUCCAAUUUCGGCUACCCUGGCUACCAGUCCAAACACUAUGCCUGCAUCCGGCAGAAGGGAGGCUACUGCAGCUGGUACCGAGGAUGGGCCCCCCCGGACAAAAGCAUCAUCAAUGCCACAGACCCCUGAACGCCAGACCCUGCCCCACCUCACUUCCCUCCCUUCCCGCUGAGCUUCCCUCGGACACUAACUCUUCCCAGAUGAUGACAAUGAAAUUAGUGCCUGUUUUCUUGCAAAUUUAGCACUUGGAACACUUAAAGAAAGGUCUAUGCUGUCAUAUGGGGUUUAGUGAGAACUAUCCUCCUGACCCCACCCUGCCCCUUUUUGGUUUUGACAUCACUCAUUUCCACCUGGGAAUAUCUGGUGCCAUGCCAGAAAGAAUGAGGAACCUGUAUUCCUCUUCUUCGUGAUAAUAUAAUCUCUAUUUUUUUAGGAAAACAGAAAUCGAAAAACUAUUCCAUUUGGGCAUUGUAAUUCCCACCCCUUUUUCUCCUUCCCCACCUCAACAUCUCCCAGACCCUCCUCUCUUUGCCCUUCUCCUCCAAUACAUUAAGGACACAGACAUGCAAGUUGCUGAAAGGCCAACCAUUUCAGGAUAAGUCAAAGGCAGCAAGCAGAUAGACUUAAGGUGUGUGAAAGAUCUUAUACACCAGGAGCUGCCACUGCAUGUCCCAACCAGACUGUUUCUGUCUGUGUCUGCAUGUGAGAGUGAGGGAGGGAGGGAAGAAACUAUAAGAGAGUCGGAGAUGAUGCAGCACACACACAAUUUCCCAGUCCAGUGAUGCUUGGGUUGACCAGAUGUUCCUGAGUCUGGAGCAAGCACUCAGGCCAGAAUAACAGAGCUUUCUUAGUUGGUGAAGACUUAAACAUCUGCCUGAGGUCAGGAGGCAAUCUGCCUGCUUUGUACAAAAGCUCAGGUGAAAGACUGAGAUGAAUGUCUUUCCUCUCCCUGCCUCCCACCAGAUUUCCUCCUAGAAAACUCUUUGGUAGAUUUGGCCGGGAGCUUGCCUUUAUGUAAAUUGGAGACCUACACACAGCAUACACUACCCACAGAUAUAGCCAAGUAGACUUGGGUAGAGGAUAUUAUUUCCAGAAUAAUGUUUAGCUCACCUAGGGGGAUAUGUUUGUAUACACAUUUGCAUAUACCCACAAGGGGACAUAAGCUAAUUUUUUUUACAGGACACAGAAUUCUGUUCAAUGCUGUUAAAUAUGCCAAUAGUUUAAUCUCUUCUAUUUUGUUGUUAUUGCUUG